AUGAAAUUCACACUGCUCCUGCUCAUCGCCAACUUGGCCUGUAUCCUGGCCGCACCCGCACCAGCUCCUGAGUCGUCGGUGAAGACUAAGCGGGGCUUGUCCUUGGGGCUGGGCUACCACCACGCCCCACUGGUCACACACUCGCACUACAUCUCCGCCCCCACGGUGGUGCACCAUGCUCCGAUAAUCUCGCAUGCACCGCUCAUCUCCCACGCACCACUCAUCUCGCACGCCCCCCUGAUCGCCCACCAUCCGAUAUCCUCGGUGUCGUACCACCUGCCCACAUAUCAUUCCAUUCACCAUUUUUAAAUUAUUCCACGGAGGAGCAGGAGCAUCAGCAGCAGCACCAGCAACCAUCAGCACCUGAAACAUCAGCGAA